GCCAAAAAUGAGCGAAACAAUCGAAGAACUGGAAGGAUCGGAACUCGGCACGAAGGAUUACUGGGAAACGAGCUACGCUCGGGAAAUCCGUAACUACAAGGACCACGGUGACGUCGGCGAAGUGUGGUUCGAUGAGGACAGCCAAAAUCGCAUCAUCGCGUGGAUCGGCCGGCAAGAGGACGACAUAUUGGCGGACGAUGCGAUUAUUGAUUUAGGUUGUGGCAACGGAAUGAUGCUUAUAGAGCUAGCCCGCGAAGGCUACAGCAAACUGACCGGUAUUGAUUACUCGCCGAAGGCAAUCGAACUGGCAAAAGCAAUAUGUCGCGAUCAGGAACUGUGCAUCGAGUACCGGGUAGUAGAUUUAAUGUCGGACGCGGAAACCGUGGCACUCGGUCUGUUCAAGGUGGUUCACGACAAAGGAACGUAUGAUGCAAUAAGUUUGCACCCGGACGAUGCGAAAACGAUGCGUCAGCGGUACAUCAACAACGUGCAGCGAUUGCUGCGGCAAGAUGGAUUGUUCAUUCUAACAUCCUGCAACUGGACCGAGUCGGAGCUGAUUCAGAGUUUCGAGGGACACUUCAAACUGCGCACGGUGAUACCGACGCCAACGUUUAAAUUCGGCGGAAAAGUGGGAAGCGUCGUCACAUCGAUUGUAUUCGUUAAGGAGUAA